AUGUUCCCCGUGGCCAGGGCUGCUCUGAACCUCACCGCUCGUGGCAUUCGGCAUACUGCAGUAAGACAAGCUCAUCGUAAAUAUGAGCCUGACUUUCAUGAUAAAUACGGAAACCUGGUACUCCUUGGUGGAGCUGUAGUUUGUACUGCUGUCUGGGGAUAUGUAUUUACAAAAGGUGGAAUGGAGUGGGGCUUGUCACCUGUUGGCAGGGUCACGCCGAAAGAAUGGAGGGAGUAA